GUCCCUGUUCUUCCCCACUGUCCGAUUCCACUGCCGUCUGCACAGGCUACCGGCGAACCACAACAGUAACUCAAAAUGGCCACUAGACGAAUUGUUGUGAGUUGAGGCCUACCUGUCGCCGAGAAGCCUGAAGCCAAGAGAAUUGCUAGGACGGCAAUCUUAAGCCAGAGAGUAGGUAAUCUUAAAUAUUUUCCCCUUUGUUUUUUUCCCCCUCCCUGACAGGACCUGAAGAAAUACGGCGCAACCACAGUUGUGAGAGUGUGCGAAGUGACGUAUGACAAGACACCCCUGGAAAAGGAUGGCAUUAAAGUGAUGGAUUGGCCCUUCGAUGAUGGAGCUCCACCACCCAACAAAAUUGUGGAUGACUGGCUCAACUUGCUGAAGACCAAAUUCUGUGAAGACCCCGGGUGCUGCGUCGCUGUCCAUUGUGUAGCUGGCCUGGGACGGGCUCCAGUUCUGGUCGCGCUGGCCCUGAUUGAGAGCGGGAUGAAAUACGAAGACGCCAUCCAGUUCAUUAGACAGAAACGCCGAGGAGCCAUCAACAGCAAGCAGCUGACCUACCUGGAGAAAUACCGGCCCAAGCAGCGUCUGCGUUUCAAGGAUCCCCAGAACCACAAGAAUAAAUGCUGCAUCAUGUAACCUCUGCGGUGCCUCCUUGCCGGAACCCCACCCGAGAGGGAAGACAAACCAUGCCACCCUCAAAGCGCACAGGGCUUGACUUCUGAAGUUUGCAGAGGACAAUUUGGUCACAACUUUUCCCUUUUUUUUUUUUUUUUGGAGUUGUUCCCAAGCAAGGAGAACGCUGGUUUUCCCCCUUUGUUUGGUUUCCAAGGCUUGAAAUAACGUUGGUUUCCCCUCCCUCUCUCCUUCCUUCCUUUCCCAAAUAUUUUGUCUUGUCGCAAGCUCUUUGUAACUGACAUCAACUUUUUCAAUGCAAUAACUCUGGAGCGGUCGUCUUUUUACCUCCAGGAGAACUUGGGGGAUGGAUUAAGGAAUGAACUAGCUAAAGUAGAAGGCCAUAGUUAAAGCCCACUUAUUUCUGGGCAGAGAUAAACCUAGAUACACCGGGGAGCCGAGUUAGUUGGGGUACAAAGGGGUGUUGUGCUGUGCUUGGUUGGUUGGGUUGGCUUUCAUGUUUGAACAGGUAGCUGUGGGUCAUCCUUUCUUGCAAGGGUUGGGAGCCAACCCUUUGAACAAGAGACGGGACAUCCCUUGGUCUGUGGAGAUGAUAAUCCACUGAUCCUGAUGUGUCUUUCACGACUCGCGAUCCCCCCUCGCUUCCAGCAGGAUGCCAUUUCUCUUUUAUGUCCUCGCCCACGAAGUCAUAAAAAUUCCCCAUCGGAUCGAAUAAGGAUCGGAUAAGGCUGGCUACUUUUUGCAUGUCUUUGGAGAAGAAAAGUGGUUGAGGUUAGAAGUAGGAGGACCGGGAAGGUGGCCUUUCUCUCGAAGAGAGAACCGAAGGAUUUAAGGAAGGAGUAGAAAGGAGGCUUAUGGGAAUUGGAAACAGGAAUGGGAUGUGGGAAUUCUUGGUAGGACGGAACGGCACUUGAUUUGGGCGGGGGUCUCUUCGGCCACAAUAAUGUUCAGACAUUUUGAAGAGGAAGAAGCAGAGAAAAUCCCUUUUCUGGAGGUUUUUUUUUUCUUUCUUUCUUGUGGAGGUGUCUGGCUGAGAAUCUGUUUUCGUAAGCCUUCUGUAUUGACUUUGUAGAAUUAAUGUUUUUAAAUAAAGCCACUUCAGGUCCCCAGUGAUUAUAUGGACCUAAAGUAAGGGUCUUCAAACUUGGCAAGUUUAAGACUUGUGGACUUCAACUCCCAGAAUUCCUGAGCUAACAUGACUGGAGGAGGAAUUCUGGGAGUUGAA